AUGCAAGAACAAAAGAGAAGAAACAACAUCCAAUUGAUUAGCUUACUGAUUAGCUUAUGUUUGUUUGUCUUAAACCAGCAAGAAGUAGUUGCAAGCAGUGGCUACGCGGAAAUAGGAGCAGCAACAAGUGGAUAUGCGAAAAUAGAAGAUGCAAGCGAUGACUACGCGAAAAUAGGAGAUGAAAGCGGGGACUACACGGAAAUAGGAGAUGCAACAAAUAGACCCACGCAAAUUGCAACAAAUAGACCCACGCAAACUGCAACAGAUGAAUACGCGCAAAUAGUACGAAAACCGCCGACAUUGGAAGACUUGGCAGAGCUUCACUUUUUGUGGGCCGAGCGGGCUUUAGAAGGCUAUAAGAGGGGUGGAGUUAGCCAGUCCAGUGCAUAUGCGGCGUCGGCAGGCCAGUAUUUAACGUCUGGUUUUUAUAACGACUUAGGAUUUCAGCCAGAAGAUCUAGAUCGAGUUAAGGAGGUGGCUAGGCGGAUUCAGAUUUUAUUCCAAACUGAUGGUCUUAGUCAACAAAGAGCGAUUAGAUUAGUUACUGUUGAUGUUGUACCAGACAUUAUGAGGCUAUACAAUAUAUUAAGUAAGCACCCCGAGACUGGACAAGUAAGCAUUCAUCCGGAACAUAAGGUCUUUAUUGAAAAUCUCGCGCAGGCUCUCUACAUGGCAGCUACUUCGGAAAACCUUGAUGAGUUGGAAAUGGCCGGGUUAGAACUAGAAACGCGAGGGAUAUUAACAAAGCUCUUUCUAACUGAUGACAAAGUACUUGAACGGAUACGCAAACCCACCAUUGUUCACAGCAUCGAAGAUCUUACAGUUGUGCGCAAAUGUCCAUUGAUUGAUUACAUUCACCCCAUUAACACAUUGCUCUACCAACACGGCCUCAGUUGUAUAUAUGAGGCCGACAAAAAGACAUUCGUUAUAGUUAAGCACGCCUCUGCUAAGGAGGAGAGCUAUACCAUCUCGAAUAUUGUCGCAGAUGGAAAUUGUGUUUUUGAAACGGCCGCUCGCUUAAGACACGCCCCUAGUGGGCCAUACAUUCUAAUGUGCAGUGAGGCAAACAAUGAGAUCCUAAUGGAGUUAAUGGGGGGGAACCAAUUAUUUCCUAAUGGCUGCAUAACGUUUCGGCGCCAUCCCAAUACAACUAUAGAGACAAUCAAGGACUAUCGCGAGUUUAAGGACCAGGAACGAAAGGCAAUGGAGAGAAAGGAAGCUCACAAUUCCAUCCGAUCGGGAUUCCUUGGCAUGUUUGUGUUGAGUCUCGUAGAAUGUCAGUCUCUAGCUGUUAUAUUUGCCCACUGCUUUGCAACACCCGCCUUACUAGUAAAUCUAGUCCCCAUCAGCAUAGUAGUGUGCGGAUUAGUAACCUCGCUUAUACUUAUCUUCUUCAUCAAGCCUUCUAUUCUUAAGCCACUAUCAACUCAAACCUGGCAAUACUGUCUCUAUGGACUAAUACUAACAUCGGCAUUAGCCGGUCUACUGAUAAUUUUUGGAGUCAACGUGGCUGCCCAGUGUAUGGCCGAAAAGAUAGCAUGGAGCGAUGCCAUUAUAACUCUAACGUACCAAGCAGUGACAAUAAUCACAGCUAUUGGGUGCAUUAUCUGUCGGGCCGUGCUUAACAAACGCGCAUCAAACAUAUCGCGCCAUUCUUCCUGGCCACUUUAUACUCUAUCGGUUUUACUGGCUGCUGUUGUGCCACUUUUGGUUGUUCUUGGCUUUACAGAGCAAGCGCGUCUGCUUCUGAACUCACACAUUCUAAUCGUAUCGGCCAUUCUGUUUAGUAUUGGUGCUCUUAUGUACGGUUUCGGGUGCUGGUUUGACAAGAAUCCUAAACUACAUCUAAGCCGACGAAUCAAGAUGUUCAGACUAGUAUGUGUAUUCGUGAUAGUAGGACUUACAAUUGGUCUUGCGGUCUGGACAGCCAAUAGUUCCAACUUGUUAGCAACAGGCAUUGCCGGAGCCCCAACCAACCACCCAAUCGGCUCUUAA